AUGAGCCAUUUUCAAUUUCCAGAGAAUCUUUCGAGUCGUAUCGACGAUCUUUUGUUUGAGAAACCAGAUCCUAUGGAGGAGGAGGGAUUUGAGGACGUUGGCCUGGACGGAGAUACAAAGCCACACGAAGAUUCCAAGCAGCUUCCGGCUAAGAAGCGAGGCAUUUUUGCUCGGUUUGGAGACCACAAUAGCGAGCAACCAUCACCGACAGAUACCUCACGACCGAGUUCGAGCCACCGUGGCUUCCAUCUGCCAGGCCGAAAGCGGGCUCAGAGUGGGCAGAGCGCUGCCGAGCUUGGAAGCAUUGACGACUUCAACAGUACCAAGGAGAGUGGUGAAGUCGCUAUCAAGUCGUAG